AAGUUCUUUAUGUACUCCACUCUUCACUUUACCACCAAGGAGGCAGAAAAUUUGAGAAAGAACUUAACCAACAUUAGUCCUCGAGGUCCAAAGAGAAAUGAUCUCAUAGCUCCGGCUCCAUCGAAGGAAAAUUUUGAUGAAAUUUUCAAGUCCAUGGAAGGUUGGGCUAAGGCAAACAUUUUACCAUUGUUGAAACCAGCCAACAAAUGUUGGAAACCUCAAGAUUUCCUUCCAGACGCUUCAUCAGAUGGCUUCCAUGACCAACUUAGACAACUUCAAGAAAGAACGAAGGGAAUACCCGAUGAAUACUUUGGGGUCGUUGUUGGGAAUAUGAGCACUGAAGAAGCACUUCAGAGCUACCAUUCGCAUAUAAACGGAACGGAGAUCUUCCAUGACAAGACCGGGGUUGAUGACACUCCUUGGGCUAUUUGGGCAAGAGGGUGGAGUGCUGAAGAAAACAGGCAUGGUGAUCUUCUUAACAAGUAUCUUUAUCUCUCUGGUCGAGUUGAUAUGAAGCAAAUUGAGACUACCAUUCAAUAUCUUAUAGCUGCUGGACAGGAUGUGGCCACAGCAAAUAAUCCAUACCUAUGGACCAUCUACACAUCCUUCCAAGAAAGGCAAGCUGCUAUAGUUCAUGGGAAUAUGGCCAGGCUGGCGAAGCAGCAUGGAGAUGCAAAUCUUGCUCAAAUAUGUGGGACUAUUGCUGCCGACGAAAAGCGUCAUGAAAGUGCUUAUACCAAAAUGGUCGGAAAGCUUUUUGAGUUGGAUCCGAACGGAAUGAUCAUUGCCUUGGCAUACAUGAUGAGAAGGAGAAUCAAGAUGCCAUCUUACCUAAUGUAUGAUGGGUAUGAUGAUCAUCUCUUUCAGCAUUUUUCUGAUGUUUUGAUGCGUAUUGGGGCGUUUAAUGCGUCCGACUACGGAGGGAUAUUAGAACAUUUGGUGAGUAAAUGGAAAGUUAAGAAGCUCACUGGGCUUUCAAGUGAAGGGCGUAAAACUCAGGAUUAUGUUUGUGAGUUAGCUCAGAGGAUUACAAGGCUGGAAGAAAGAGCUCAAUCCAAAGCUAUCAAAGAAGUUCCCACUGUUUCUUUUAGUUGGAUUUUCGAUAGAAAAGUAUAG